CUCUCGGAGAUUGGACGGGCAGUCGAAAGCUGACGGGAUACACUCGAGCGGCAAACACUGCUGUGCACGUAAAGUGUCUCCCUGUUAAAGCUGUUCUACCACACGGACGAUCACCGAGGAUAUUUAGGCUGCGUGUUGGGUAAAUAAAGAUCAGACGUUGCUUCUUCAAAAAACCCACAGCGGCGCGCAAGAGGAGCAGGGAUUGCCUUUUACGAGUCAUAUUAUCUCCAAGAGCUUGCUGGGACUAAAUAAAUCUCUAAACAACAUGAAUUGCGGUCAGUCUGGGGGAAGAAUUUCUCUUGCGUGAAUCGAAACGCAGAACGCUAUUGAUCGGAGGACAGACUGGAGCGACUGGAGGGGAAACAUUGUUGUCCGUUAAUAUUCGCCCCUCUUUCAAGUUGUAUAAGCGAAGAAGAAGUAAGAUAAGAUUUUGUUUUUAACAGCCAACACGCUGACUCUAUGGACUGAGUUUUCCGAGAGGUUGCACUCUGAAGAACCAACAACGUGUUUAUGGAUUGCUGGGCAGCGAGGAGCCCCGGGAGUUGUAGGCUACGCUGUUAUGCAUCGAUCAUGUUGAUACCUCGCUGUUGCUGUGAACUUUGAUUAGAUGUUUGCGGGAACAACUCAGUAAGUCAGAUAAACCAUUUAAAUAAAUACACUCAGAUAAGCUCAGAUUGACCUCUGGAGGAAGUGGGAAGAGCCUUUUCGCCCUUCCUCGUUUUUUUUCUCUCCCAAGACGUCAGCAGGAUCUCAGUCUCUCCUUCUGUGAUUUAAACAAAGAGCAAAGUGUUUGGGGAUAGCAUGGCAAUGGUAGUAAACCAGUGGCCAGAGAACAUUUCUGCAGAUCCGGGGUCUCAGCUCCAGAUAUGCCAGGAGCCCGGCGGGGCACCGGGGACCCCCAACGGUUCCACUCCGGGGAACGACACACUUUCCGGGGACAAAAUCCCCAACGUGGACUGCAUGGUGUGCGGGGACAAGUCCAGUGGGAAGCAUUACGGUCAGUUCACCUGCGAGGGAUGCAAAAGCUUCUUUAAGCGCUCGGUGAGGCGAAACCUCUCGUACACCUGUCGGGGGAACCGAGACUGUCCAAUCGACCAGCAUCACCGGAACCAGUGCCAGUACUGCCGCCUGAAGAAGUGCCUGAAAGUCGGCAUGAGAAGAGAGGGUAAGACCAUAGCUGUGCAGCGAGGACGCACAUCAAACUCCCAGACCAGCCCGGGGCAGUACCUGACCAAUGGCACUGACCCGUACAACGGACAGCCUUACCUUUCCGGCUUCAUCUCUCUGUUGCUGCGCGCUGAACCUUACCCCACCUCUCGCUACGGGGCCCAGUGCAUGCAGGGAAACAACCUGAUGGGCAUUGAGAACAUCUGUGAGCUGGCGGCCAGGCUGCUCUUCAGUGCCGUGGAGUGGGCCAAGAACAUCCCCUUCUUCCCCGACCUGCAGCUCAUGGAUCAGGUGGCUCUAUUGCGUAUGUCUUGGAGCGAGCUCUUCGUCCUCAACGCUGCCCAGUGCUCCAUGCCGCUCCACGUGGCCCCUCUACUGGCAGCAGCAGGCCUGCAUGCAUCGCCCAUGUCAGCAGAGCGCGUGGUGGCCUUCAUGGAUCACAUCCGUGUCUUCCAGGAGCAGGUGGAGAAGCUGAAGGCCCUGCAGGUCGACACGGCUGAAUAUUCCUGCCUCAAGUCCAUCGUGCUCUUCACGUCUGAUGCAAUGGGGCUGUCAGACGUUGCGCAUGUAGAGAGCAUCCAGGAAAAGUCCCAGUGUGCCCUGGAGGAGUAUGUAAGGAACCAGUACCCGAGCCAGCCGAACCGCUUCGGACGCCUCCUCCUCCGCCUGCCCUCCCUGCGCAUCGUCUCUUCUCCAGUCAUUGAGCAGCUGUUUUUCGUCCGGUUGGUAGGCAAGACACCCAUCGAGACACUGCUCCGCGACAUGCUGCUCUCAGGCUCCAGCUACAACUGGCCGUACAUGCCCACCGUCCAGCGCGACCGGCCCAUCUCCCUCCACUACAACGAGAAUGGGCCCUGAGGAAGAUGGACGGGAAAAGCUGCGGGAGAAAUCAGGCUGAACGUCUAUCAAACUGGUCAUCCAUCCAUCCAUCCAUCCAUCCAUUCUUCGCGUUCAACUUCCUCUCCCAGAGGAAGCACCUCCCUCACCAUUCCGCUUAAAAAACCCAGACUGACGAUACCAUCCGUUUCCUGGUUCCUCAAGCCAGCCAAUCAUUCAUGGCCAUUGCAGAGACUUGACGGCCCCUCAGCCAAUAGUGCAGGCUACAUUUGAGAUGUGGCACAAGAUGGACAAGUUGGUAGAACAGGUUAUUGCGCAGUUCACUAGCAGGUCUGAUGGACUCACUUCAGAUGUCACUUGUCUCAAACCCCAUGAGAAUGGGGGCAGCAAAAGACAGCUUUACUGUUGGUGCCUCAGUAUGGUGAAUACUGAGCAAGGGCUUUGCCAAUGGGACUCUACAACCAAGAGCACAAGGCCUAUGUAUAUUCACCAAUUUUUGAAAAGAAAGCCUGAAGCCAUUAAAAAAAAAGACAAAUGCCAAAAUGUCUUGGACUUUUGCAGAGGACAUGUUUUAUUGUGUGUGUUUGUAUUAGCACUGUUUGUAUGGAGAGAAAAACUCAUGAUUGUGUCCAUAUGUACAGUAUAUCGUUGAUUCAUAGGCAUCUAUAGCAUAUUAGAGUUCAAUGGGAAAAGCUCAGGUUCAAAGGGUGGGUAGACAGACAGACAGACACAGACAGACAGACAGACAGACACAGACAGACACAGACAGACAGACAGACAGACAGACAGACAGACAGACAGACAGACAGACAGACAGACAGACAGACAGACAGACAGACAGACAGACAGACAGACAGACAGACAGACAUGCCAAUAUCAGUACAAGAACAAAAAGACAAACACAGUAAACAUUUACACUUAUCAGCAGCCUUUGCCAAAGCUGACAAUGCAUAUUCUUUGCAUUUGUGGUAGUGUUGGUGAUGAAUAUUGCAUUUUCUGUUUGUUUAUAAUUUGAAUAUAUAAUUGUUUUGGGUCUCAGGGGGAAAGAAGGUGUUUGUAAAAAAGAAAAUAUACAAAUAAAAGCUUAUAGGCACUUGCAUUGUAAACUAGUCAGAACCAACACUUAUUCACUCCUGUAAAAUCACAGCACUGGUAGAUUCUUGCUACCCAUUCGAUUGAUCCACCUUUUUCAUAAUUCAAAAGGCCUAUUGAAACUCCUUACAUGUUGUUAUCGCAGGAGUGACACAACUUCUCCUCAUUAUUGUUUUAUUUUCAUGAUUGUCAAUAGUGGUCCCCGGGGGGGAGCAUUUUACAAAACUAAACUAGCUGUACUUGUCUUAGAACAAAGAUUUUGUCACUGAGCAUUUAUGUUAUGACUGUGCCAUAAUCUCUCGUUACCUGUUAUAACAGGUAUUAUGUCCUGUCAGGGGAGGAAAUGAACUCACAUGAUGUUAAAAUUGAUUAAUUUGCACAUUAAGUCAAAGCAAAGUGAUGCAAAAUGCAGAUAUUUUUUAAUGCAUCAAUAGAGAGAAACGACAGUCCUGCUUUAAUAUCAUCAGCACUUUCAUUUUUCAGACCUCAUGCAAGUUCUUUUCCUCGUCUUGAUGAAAUUCUCAUGUAGGGAAAAACCCCUUGUCUCAUGUCAUUUGAGCUUAUCGUAACGAUACCGUAGAGAACAGUAUCACUAACCUCUGAAAACCUCAGUCUAUGUUACAAUAUUAUCCCAGUUGGACUUAUGACUGUGACUUAGUUUAGGACUAUUUUAGUUUUUUUUUUUUCUCUUCCCUUUGGUGGAAGCAAGUUUGUUUUGACAACCUGUCUCACAUUUCCAACAUGACACUGUGGUAUCAACUUUGGCAUUGGAAAAGCCAUUUGGGACCUGAGAACGCUAUCUGUUGAUAAAUGAAUUAACAGAAAAAAUCUAUGAGUUUGUUUUAUCUGCUCUACUUUUGUUUGGAAAUAUGGAUUAUCCAUUAAUUGAAAUAAAAUACUGUUGUUCACA